GCACGGAGGUGGGCGGAGCCCGAGGGACAGUGAGGGAAGAGGGACGGGAGGAAAAACCGCGGCUGCAGGACGGCGCCAUUUUGAAUGUUGUGUGGUGACCGUGUCCAGGCAGCAACCAAAGAUAUUUAAUUAGAAAUAGGGUGUCAAAUGAAUCAUUUCCAGAUGACACAUACCUUUAUAGUUACUGACUCUCAAGAUGAAGAUGAGGAACAACAAUCAGAGAUAUACCUAAGUGUGCUAUGGCAAUCCGGACUGCUCGCUGUCGCAUAUUACGUAUCAGGUGACUGUUCCGUUCACUACAUGCCAGACACUCCAGACACGGAUCAACUCCAGCUGCUUAGCCGAGUGAUUGCUGACCUGCAGCCAAGAUGUAUUGUCACCAGCGCAAAGCAGGAGCAGAACCUCGCUGACUUUCUCCGGACCUUGAACUCUGCUGCAGAUGGAGAAGCUGAUGGGAGAUACAGAGCUGAGAUAGUUCUCUUUCCACGUGUGGACUUUGCACUGCCCAUCUGUAAGCAGAGGAUCCUCUCAGGAAAUUUCUCUUCCCUGCCUUCUAACCUCACUGAGCCACAGAAGAUUCUGCAUCUCUCCUCCAUCAUUCCCUUUGACUGCCCUCUUAUGGUAUGUGCUCUAGGUGGGCUUCUAAAGUUCCUUGACCGGCGGAGGAUUGGCAUUGAGUUGGAGGACAGCAGUGUGGGAGUCCCAAUCCUAAGCCUCAAGAAAUAUGUUUUGACUGAUAUUGUUGAUAUGGACCGAGAUACUUUCAGUGUUUUGCAGAUAUUCAAAAGUGAAGCCCACCCAUCUGUAUAUAAAAUGUGCACCAGUGUCAAAGAGGGACUGAGCUUAUUUGGUCUCCUAAACCGUUGCCAAUCAAAGUGGGGAGAAAACAUUAUGAGACUGUGGUUUAUGAGGCCUACACGGAACCAGACAGAGCUGACUUGUCGCCUGGAUGUGAUUGAGUUCUUCAUGACACCCCGCAACCAGGAAACCACAGACAACCUUCAGGGAUGUCUGAAGAACAUAAAGAAUAUCCCUCUGAUACUGAAGCGCAUGACACUCUCCAACACCAAGGUGUCAGACUGGCAGGCGCUCUACAAGACCGUGUACAAUGCUGUAUGUAUAGGAGACAUCUGCCGCUCUCUGCCACAGACUGUGACUCUCUUCUCCCGCAUCUCUUCUGCUUUCAGCAGUGACCUACACUACAUUGCCAGCGUCAUUAGCAAAGUGGUGGAUUUUGAGGAGAGCCAGAUACAGAAGCGAUUUUGCAUUAAACCAUAUGUAGACCCAGCUGUGGAUGACAAGAAACGUAGGAUGCAGGGACUGCCAGACUUUCUUAAUGAUGUAGGACGCAAAGAAUUGGACUCCUUGGACAUUUCGAUAGACUCCUGUACAAUAGUUUACUUCCCCCUGAUUGGUUUCCUCCUAUCUAUCACUCGUCCCGCUUCCAUGCAAGACAAAAGCGAUUUUGAGAUUGAAGGUUUGGAAUUCAUGUUUCUAUCAGGAAAUCGACUCCAUUACCGAAGUGCUGGGACCAAAGAGUUGGAUACGGUUCUGGGUGAUCUCCAUUGUGAGAUCAGAGACCAUGAGACCAUGAUCAUGCAUCAGCUGCAGAUGCUCAUCCUGGAGAGGUCGGCUGUGUUACAGGAAGUGACUGAGUACGUUGGGCAGCUGGAUGCUCUCCUUGCCAUGGCUGUCGCUGCCCGUGAGAAUGGUUAUGUUCGCCCCUGCUACACUCAUUCCAACACUAUUAAUAUCAAGGAAGGCAGACACCCCCUUAUGGGUUUUUGCUCCGGAACCUUUGUCCCAAAUUCAGUGCAGACUGGAGCGUUAGAGCAAAGGAUAAAAAUCUUAACGGGACCCAACUCCUGCGGGAAGAGUGUUUAUCUGAAACAGGUCGGUCUCAUUGUUUUCAUGUCCAUGAUCGGAAGCUAUGUUCCUGCUUCAUUUGCUGAGAUUGGGCCCAUCGAUGGAAUAUUCACUCGUUUACAGACACGUGAAUCUGUAUCUCUUGGCUUGUCCACCUUCAUGAUUGAUCUAAACCAGGUGGCGAGAGCAGUGAAUAAUUCCACUGUAAAUUCACUUAUUUUAAUUGAUGAAUUUGGAAAAGGAACUAAUACGGUGGAUGGUCUCUCUCUCUUAGCUGCCCUCCUCAGACACUGGAUAAAUAAGGGUUCUUCCUGCCCCCAUAUCUUCCUGUCUACUAACUUUCACAGUCUGAUACAGCUCCGAAUCCUUCCAGACAGCCCCACAGUGCAGUAUCAGACCUUUGCGUGGUGCUUGGAUGGGGAGGACCUGGUUUUCUUCUACCAGCUAAAGGACGGAGUGUCUGAGGUGAGCCAGGCGGCAAGGGUCGCAGCCAUGGCUGGUAUGCCGGUAGACAUCAUCAAGAGGGGGGUGGAGGUCUCAGAGCUAUUCCGGAGAGGCCAUGCCAUACAAUGCCUCAAUCAGGAGGCUAAGCAAGAGAAGCUGGAGAAGUGCCAGAAACUAGUCUCCAGCUUUCUUAGUCUAGAUCUUGAUGAUCCACAGAUCGACUUACAAAAAUAUUUGUCCGACGAGGUCCUACCCUUUUCUUCUAUACUAUAAACUUUGUCAUAAUGUUUCUUUCAAAAAGUUAUCAAACUCAUAUCAUACGUGUGAGAUUUUUCAAGGAGCCCGUUGUAUAACAGUGAUAGCCACAAUGAACAGUGUGAAUAAAUAGCCUACAUUUA